CUGAAGUUGCACGCCUUGUAUUUUUCCUUUGCCUUUGGAGGGACAUCAGUGCAAAGUGGAGAAUUAACCGUCCCAAAACCCCGCAAAAUCACUCGAGACAACACAGAAAAACGAAGCCAUUGAAAGUUUGAUGGGGUCCCCAUUUCCCAUGAAGUACAUUUAUUGGGUCAUCACAGCAAUCAUUUUUAGCCUCACACUUGUAUCAGUAUAUAUAUUCAGUCCACCAGUGAGCAGAUUUGAAUUACCUCCUCUGAAAGAAAAAACAAACAACGAGGCGGCUGAAAAGUGUGCCUGUGAGAACAAAACAAAGGAGAGAGAGGAUUCUUGGGCAAAUGCCACGACAACAGAAUCAACCUGGCUGAGACAAAACUUUGCAAAGGAGUUACAUGAAAUCCACUUACAACUGAAAAAACUACUCUUUUAUAAACGAAUGCCCUCGCCAGAACUUGUUGAGAAAGUUGGAGAACUUGCAAAACGGCUUGACGGAAAAGCAGAACCGGCAAAUCCGAAUAGUGGUAUUAACAACACAAGUUUGGAUGUGUGUCCAGAGGAAUUCAAAGGAGGAACGUUUGGUUACCCUUACUUUUCCAAAGGUUGGGUCCUCGCCGAUUGUACCGAAGCCAAACCACUUAGCUCCGUGAUUAGUGUUGCAAUAAAUACUGUCACAUAUCCCCAAGAAGAUGAAAAACACAUCGACAAUGUAUUCAAAGGUAUCAAUGAUACCUAUCCUUCUGUCCACGUUUAUGUAGCAACGCAGAGUGAUGAUAUCGUGGAAACUGCCAAAAGGUUUAAAAACAUUGAUGCGGUUAAGGUCAAUGAUACAAAAGUAGCAAAGGUAUGGAACACACUCAAAACUAAAGCUUCAACUCCUUACAUGCUGAUUGCACGUGAUGUGGUUCACUUCUCAUGGCUCACUCAAGUAGAGAGACAAAUUCGAGUGAUCAGUCAGAUACCAAAUGUAAAAGUUGCAGGGGGAGCGUAUCGGAAUAUUUCAGGUCAAUGGAAAGCAGGAUGUGAACAAACCAAGCUACUUAACUAUGUACUAGAAUAUCAAGAAGGCUAUUAUCACUCACAAAAUUCGUGUAUGUUUUGUGAUUAUCUGCAGGGUCCUUUUGUAACUAAAACAGAAUUGUUUCAACUUGACGAAAGUCUUCCAAAUGAAGUAGUUUUUGAAGACUGGUUCUUACGCAUAGGUAAAGAUGGCAACCAGGCAAUGGCAUGCCCAGAUGCAAUGUAUUUUACUUCAGAUCACACUUCGCUUUCCAAGAACACUAAAAAAGAUGUCUGGACACCUUUGGCAAAAAAGUGGACCCUUAAUCGAAUAUUGUUACCCCAGGGGGUCAAAUAUUCAUUCUCUUGUAAGGAUAUUGAAGUGACAUGCCAGGCCACUAGCGAAUUACUCCCAAUUUGUUGUCUGGAAGAGUACGCAAAGGUAAUGGCACUCCUCCAGAAGUUAAGUAAUGAGCGCAAAAUUUUAUUUGAACUUGAUCAUGGCUCUUUGUUGGGUGGAGUUAAGUUCAAUGGUCUUCUUCCUUAUGAUAUCGAUGGAGAUAUUACAUUGGUGACCAAACAAAUUGACAUAUUCAGCAAAGACGAGAUAAAGGAACUUUUUCGGAGCAAUGGUUUCUCCAUUUACGGAUACCAAUCACCACAUUUGGACAAGGGAAAGUUGAUUCAUGGCUUCACCUACAUAGGUUUCAAUGGAUUUAAAAUAGAAGUGUGGGGAAUGCAGAAUCUUACGAAUUUUCUACAUGCCCCUUUGGAGCUACGAAACCUUGCAUCGUUUACGAAAGCAAAUCUUAGAGGCAACUGGGUUAAUACAGCAUGUAGUCCUGGUUUGUUUGCGAGAAAUCGAUAUGGGAGAGAAAUACUUAAACAUUCCCAGUCUUGGAGAAAACAAGGACUCAAAGAUAGUUGGCAGGAUUACAACGCUGGUAGCUUCAAGCCGUGUAGAAAACCAAAGCAUCACUCUUGCGUGGAGAAUAUGCCUGCUGAUGGGAACAUCCCUUUCCUCGUAGACUAGAGACAACAGGAAUUACUGAAACAGGAACAACGAGGCAUUUGGAACGAUGUAGGAUGCACUUCAUUUUUAGAUGCGCCCAUUCAUGGUUUAAAUUAAGCACUUAUUUACUAAUUUUCUCUUCUUUAUCAUCGGCACUGCUUUUCCUUUUUUUGGAUGAAUAUUUAAAUUUACGAACGAAAAGAUAUUACCCGUGUGUGUUUUUUUAGUUUGCCGAGUAUGAGAACGCAAUCAGUUCGAGUUGUUGUUCAUGGGUAUAUUGUUGUAGUCGUUGUCACAAAAGAAUACAAACAUUUAAUGCACACAUGCGA